AUGAUGUUAGUCAAAUUGGUUUCUAUUUUAUCUGCCCUUGUAAGUUUAGCUGUUGUCAACGCUUCUUCUGCUAAUUAUGCCCCAUUUUCCAUAAAUUUACCUGCCUUCUCUAAAGAAUGUUUCUACUAUGAUCUGAUCCAUGACGAUGACUCAUUAGUUAUUGGAUACCAAGUAUUGACUGGUGGUAAUUUUGAAAUCGACUUUUCCAUUACUAGUCCGGAUGGAUCUGAGAUUGUUAACGAAAAACAAAAGAAAUAUUCUGACUUCGUUUUAAAAUCAUUUGGUCUUGGCCAAUAUACUUUCUGUUUUGCCAACACAUACGGGACUGCAUUAAAGAAGGUAGAGGUUACUUUGGAAUUGGAAAAGACCUCUUUUGAUAUCCAAGACGAAAAUAAUAAGGAAGAUGCUGUUGCAAACCAUGCUAUUGCUGAAAUUGACAGAAAUUUAAAUAAAAUAACUAAGGUUUUAAACUAUCUAAGAGCUAGAGAACACAGAAACAUGUCCACUGUUAGUUCUACCGAAUACAGAUUGAAAUGGUUAUCAAUUUUAGUCAUGGUUAUCAUGGUUGGUAUCAGUGUGUUACAAGCUUUGAUUAUCCAACUGUUCUUUAAAUCUCGUCAAAGAAAUUUUGUUUAA